UUUUAUGAUUAUAAUUAGGCCAAGCCCGUUAAGAUGGUGAUGAAGAAAAGGUAGGAUGGGUAAAAUGAGAUGAGAAAUAUGGUUGAGGAAGAGAUGGGGAAAACAGCGACAGCGAGAGGAGGUCGUCGAAGAAAAGGUGGUGGAACUGCAGUGAAGAAGAGUUGGAUGGUUGUAUCAGAAACAGGGGAAUCACACGUCGAGGAUGUUGAUAAACAUUCUAUCAUGCGUAGAACAGGUUUACCCGCGCGUGACCUUAGAGUUCUAGAUCCAGCCCUCUUCCACCCUUCUUCUAUUCUAGGACGUGACAAAGCCAUCGUUGUUAAUGUAGAAUGUGUUAAAGCUAUCAUCACUGCCAACCAAGUCUUCAUGAUUAAUUCCACCGAUCCUUUUUUUAUUCGCUUCCUUCAAGAUCUUCAGCAACGUGUUCCUCCUAACAACAAUCGAACACCGUCACGGACCAGCAAUGAGAUGGACGGUGAUUGUGAAGAGAAACCUCUACUACAAGAUGGUUCACCUUUGUUGCAGAGUGGUAUAGAUUCAAAUCCACCACCGGAAAUUUUCGACCAUGGUACACCGAUUAGCAACAUAGCUGUAACAACUGCUCCUAAGAAGUUACCUUUUGAGUUCAGAGCACUUGAAGCUUGUAUUGAAUCUGCUUGUUCUGUUCUUGAAUUUGAGACUCAGAGAUUGGAAGAAGAGACUUACCCUGCUUUGGAUGAAUUAACCUCUAAAAUUAGCAGUCUCAAUCUUGAUGUGUAAGGCACAUCAAGAAUCGUUUGGUUACACUUUCUGGUCGUGUGCAGAAGGAAAAAUAAUACUCGCAUUUAAGCAUAUGUGAUUGGUUCCCCUUUUUCCCUUAAAGGGUCCUCUUGACAUGUGUUCUUGGAUUUAUAUAGAUAGUAGAUCAAAUAGAACAUUUAUUGGAUGAUGAUAAUGACAGGGCUGAAAUGUACUUGACUCAAAAGCUUAAUGCUAGCGUAUCGGACUUAGCAUCAGUAACAGAAGAAUACAACUCAGAAGUUGAAGAUAUAAAUGAAAGUGAUGAUUCAAGAUCGGUGAGAGACAAGUCCUAUGGUAUUAAGCUGGAUGUUGAGGAAUUGGAGAUGCUUUUAGAAGCAUAUUUUGCACAGAUAAAUGGAAUCUUGCAAAAAUUGACAAGUGUAAGUAACAUUUAUCCAUUUGAAUAUGUGCUAUAUCAUUUUUAUCUUUAAAAUUUUAGUUAAAGAGAUAAGCUUAAUAAUAGAGAGAGAUAUUAGCAUUAAAAAAA